GUUAUCAAAAUGAAUGGAGUAGUUCACUUUGGGAUAUCAGUAUUCCAAAUAUCUCUCAUCUUCAAUAUCUGCUUCAUCUUCAAUAUCUCUUAUCAGUGUUCCAAAUAGAGAGUAAAAAAAUGAGAGCUUGUUAUCUCCAACUUCUGCUUCUACUUGCACUGUUAUCAUGUAAUGCAACAAAACUUGGAUUUAGUUUCGAUUUGCGUGAUUCUGAAGUUAGAUGCAUAGAGGAAGAACGACAAGCACUCCUCCAAUUCAAACAACACCUUGUAGAUCGUUUCCAUUGGCUGUCUUCUUGGGACCAUGAUGAAGAUUGUUGCAAGUGGGAAGGAAUUAAGUGUAGCAACCGAACAGGUCAUGUUCUUACUCUUGAUCUCCAGGCUGAUUGGUCAGCUGAACCAAUACGUAAAGUUCUACAAGGUGAGAUAAGCUCAUCAUUACUUGCAUUGCGGCAUUUGACUUAUCUGGACUUAAGUCUCAAUAGCUUUUCCAGGAAACCCUUCCCAAAUUUUGUUGGGUCACUCACUAAAUUACAACAUCUGCAUCUUUCACAUACCAAUAUAGUCGGAAUCAUUCCACGACAAUUAGGAAGUCUAUCAGGAUUGAUUUCUCUGGAUCUCAGCUGGAAUGAUCUAACUGAGGCAAAUAAUCUUGAUUGGCUAACUCAUCUUUCAUCUUUAACACACUUGGACAUGAGUAGUGUCAACCUCAGCCAGGUACUCAAUUGGCCCAAUCAAGUUAAUAUGCUCCCUUCAAGGUUUUAGGAUUAUAUGGGAAUUAUUUCACGGGGCUAUUACCGAAGAGUAUUGGUAACUUAUCCAAUCUAGAGAUCUUGAAUGUUGCUAAUAAUUCUCUUGCAGGGGUGAUAUCUGAAGCCCAUUUUUCAAAUCUCUUCAAACUGAAAGAUUUAUAUUUUGGAGAUAACUCUUUAGUUUUGAGCUUCAGCUAUGACUGGGUUCCCCCAUUCCAACUAGAUAUUGUUGAUUUGAGGUAUUGCAGAAUGGGAUUUGCUUUCCCAAAAUGGCUUCAAAGUCAAAAGAAUUAUCGUAUACUUGAUAUUUCUAAUGCUGGAAUUUUUGACAUUGUCCCUACUUGGUUAUGGGACUUCAUUCCUAGGUUAUUAUGUAUGUCUAACAACAAGUUGCAUGGGAACUUGCCAGACUUUUCAUCUUCCAGAUUUGGUGAUUUUGCUCUUAUAGAUUUGAGCUCAAACCUUUUUGAUGGUUCAAUACCACCUUUUCCAUCAAAUGUGAUGUUACUAAACCUAUCGAACAAUAAGUUUUCUGGGACAAUUUCCUUUCUAUGUGAAAUCAACACUCCAACGCUAUUGGAUGUUUUAGACCUCUCAAACAAUACACUGUCGGGAGAGCUUCCAGAUUGCUAGAUGUAUUUUCGAGACUUGAUUGUUCUUAAUUUGGCCAACAACAAUUUCUACGGGAAAAUACCUAGCUCAAUGGGCUCUCUAACCUCGAUUCAUGUUUUACAUUUAAGCCACAAUAGAUUUGUCGGAAAGAUGCCGAUGUCCCUUCAGAAUUGCAGUGAGUUGAAAACCAUCUACUUGGGAACAAAUAGUCUUUCAGGAAUGGUACCUACAUGGAUAGGUGAUAAUCUACCUAAUUUGGUUAUUCUUAGCCUACGAUCUAAUCAGCUUUAUGGACGUUUGCCUUUGAACCUAUGUCAUCUAUCACAUAUUCAAAUUUUGGAUCUAUCUUUGAAUAAGAUCGAGGGAACUAUUCCGGAGUGUAUCUACAAUUUGACUGCAAUGUCUCUGUCUACAAAUCAAAGUGUCCUAUCUGCUUAUACCAAACGCACAACUUAUAAGGACCAUGCAUCAGUGGUAUGGAAAGGAAGGGAGUUUGUGUUCAAGAAUUUCUUGGGGCUUGUGAAGAUGAUUGAUCUUUCCAGUAACAAAUUACAUGGAGAAAUUCUAGAAGGAAUUAGUAGUCUUACAGAGUUAAUUGCGUUAAAUUUAUCGAGAAACAAUUUAACUGGGUUAAUCCCUGGGAAGAUCGGUCUAUUGAGAAAUUUGCAGUCUCUUGAUUUAUCUAGAAACCAACUUUGUGGUGAAAUCCCAAUGAGCAUUUCCAACAUAAGUUUUCUUAGUCAAUUAGACUUGGCCAUCAACAACUUAUCCGGCAAAAUCCCAACAGGAACUCAAAUCCAGAGCCUCGAUGCUUCUAUGUUUUUGGGAAAUCCUAAACUAUGUGGCUCUCCACUUCCAAAAGAAUGCCUAGAAGAUCUUCAUCCAGUCUACAUGAGCACUAGGGGCCACAAGAAUAAGAAUGUUCAAGCAGAUGAUGAUGGAUUUAUAACUAAAGGAUUUUAUGUUGCUGCAACUCUCGGAUUCAUUGGAGGAUUUUGGGGAGUGUGUUUCAUUUCAGUGUUAAACAUACAAUAUAUAAUGAAGCGUCUUACUUCCAAUGCUCGAAUGACAUUAGCACUACACAUGGCAUAAGCUCUAUGUAUGAUCACUUUGUAAAGUUAAAUUUUAAGGUUGCCAUAGGUUGUUUAAUCUUAGGUUAUUUGUCUGUCUUCUGGAAGUGUAUUUGGAUGAUUUGGUUAUAAAGGUUUUUAGAUGCCUGGGUUUUGGUUUUAAUUAUAUGUAUCUCCUCGGAGUCGGAUUGUAACCACAGUUUUCCUCCUUUAUAAAUGAGGGCAAUCAAUAAAAUUGGG